GACCGGGGACGACUGAGAUUUGGAUACAGUGCCUCACGUACGCCAGUCUCAGUGCCAGUCUCCUUGCUGCCCUGGGUGCUGUACUGGGGAAGCAGUGGUUGGGUCACUUCAUCCGCUGCGGACGUGGGCCGAUCGAUGUCCGCAGUCGUCUGAGGCAACAGAAGAUGGAUGGUCUCCAGACCUGGUGCUAGCAUUUGGACGCAGCAGCCGACCAUUGCAACUCUAGUAAUAUUGACGAUCGCGUUUGGAGCACUGUUUUACGGCGCCAUAAUCGUAUCUUGCGUCGUUUAUCCAACUUGCCCAUCCCAGUCCCCUGCAUCGACGAUCCUCCUGUUUGUCUUACAAAGUAUCAGUCGUUCAAUGCGAAGAUUACACAACAUGCUGGUCCACCGGUCCCCAUCGCUCCUCUUUGGAAUAGCCUCUGCGUUCAGGCUGCGUACUGAUAUUCGUAGGGGUGACGAUGAUGGCGACUCUGAAUUGCUGCACAAAGUUGACGCUCUUCAAGACGCGUCUGCGGUUCGCUGGAUCAUGGAGACAGCUACGGAUCCUGAUGUCAUUACCUCAGCUGCGCUAAUGGUUCCUGAGGUUGAAUGGCCCAAAUAUAUUGACAUCUCCCUUGCGAUCAUGCAACUACGAAAUACCUUUCUAGGUUGCUUCGAAAGCACUCAGGGCAGGCACCCCAAGCUUGGUCGUCAUUCAAAGAGGCGCGCAAAUGCCUGUGGGAAGCUCUGUUUCACCUAUACUUCACGCGGACGGACGGGGGAGAUAUGCCCCAGCUGUUCUUUGACCCGUUAGAGUCGGCAUCAGCGACAUCGGUCACGGCGCAGUCUCCUGAUAUAUCUUGGUUCACCUUCCUCGAGCU